AUGACAGCAGAGAGGGCCGAGCUGCUGGUGAGCACCCUGGCCAGCACCGCCCGGCUGGUGCACAGAGCCAGAGAGGCCCACAAAUCUGCCCAGCUGGCCUGUUUCCAUGCGGGGCAGGCACUGGCCCAGGCAGGGGAGGUGCUGUCUCUCUCGAAGCAGAGCUACCUGCAGGCCCGAUGCCUGGGAGAUGGGCUGCUGGGGUGCCUGCCGCACUCGGACUAUCAGGGGCUCUUCCGGUGCCUGGCCCGGCCCCCACUGUCCUACGAGGAGUUCAAAGCAACACUGAGCCGGGCCGAGAGCACCCUGCUGCACCCUGUCUUCCAGAGCACAGGGUCCCCCCAGAGCCAGCAGGCACCCUGCCCGGACUGCCACACCCUUUCAGGCUGUGCCCAUGACUGCACCCUGUGCAGGAUCCAGGAGUCUGGGCCCCAGGGAUGCCCCUGUGUCAGGGAGACGGACAAGGACAGCAUGGAGGAGGAGGAGGGGAGGUCACUGCAGGUCCAGGGACGUGACCCCUCCCGCCACAGACAGGUGGAGGCCGUGCGGCUGGAGGACCAGAUGCGGGGGGCCUUUGUGACCCAGCGGUGCCGCUCCCCCCGGCGCUCCCCGUCCAGUGGCCUGGAGGAUCUGUCCCCCCUGGUCUCAGAGCAGGAGCUCAGCACCAUCCAGCCCCUGAUCCACUGCCCCUCUCGCCAAGGUGGGCCCGGCAAAUUCCUGAGCAAAGUGAACCGUCGGGACCGGCCCCCCUGCGAGAACGUGGACAGCGACACCGACCAAUCAGAGACCGUGGCCAAGGCCACCGCCUAGCCCUGCCCCGCACCCCUGGCAGGGGCCACGAGUGUAAUAAACCCGGGCCCCCCCGGUCUGUCCGCCGCAGCCGCCCCAUGGCUGAAAUGCAGCCGCUGCUGGGGUGGAGCGUGGGGGGAAGCAGGCCUCAGAGACCCGCUCACAGGGCCGUGGCCAGGCCGCCGACGGCCUCGGCCUGCCCCCCAGGGGAUCCUGGGAGGUCAGCCAGGCCGGGCCCGGGGCAUUCUGGGAAACGGGCCAGGCCGGGCCCGGGGCAUUCUGGGAAAUGGGCCGGGCCGGCCCCAGGGGAUCCUGGGAAGUUCUUUGCGAGCAUCACUUCAUGCGUCUCUGCCCCGAUUGGGUAACUGGGUGUCACAUGAUUUGAGUGCCGGAACCGGAAGUAGCGACGCAUUCAAAAUGGCGGCGAUCCCCGGACGGGUUCAGGGCAGGACCGCUCUAGCCAGCAGUUCUCCAGCUGCUCUAUGGCUGAAGCUGAGCGAUGCCAUCCCGGCCACAGCAAGGGGGGGAGAAUGGAACAUCCCGGACUGAACCAACUGG